GUAGCUAAAGAAAGAGAUUGAGUGACACGGAAGCUCCCAAUCUUUUCCUGGUAAAAAAAAAUAAAAUAGUCCAAAAUUUAAAAGCUAUUGAAUUGCAUAUGAUAAUUUUGAUACGAUAUAUCUACUAGUAGAAAUCAAAAAAAUAACAGUACAAACAUAUGCCAUGUAGAGGCAUUUUCCAACCAUGCUUUCGGCAGAAAUUAGAAAUAGAAGAUCAGGACCAUCAAAGGCUUCUAUGACUCGUGUUCACUCUAUUGUAUCUGACGCUACUUUCAGACUAAGGAGGCUACCAGCGAGGGCCAAGUGCUUUCUUAUAUUUGCCGCCGUCCUUUCAUUCUACCUCUAUGGAAGCCUAUUUUUAUCUCUAUCUAAGAAUCACUUGACCGAGGAGUCAUAUUUACAGACUGAUAAAUGUCCAGCAUGUUUUGGACACAGUAUAUGCAUGGAUUUAAAGGAUGGUUUGGUAAGAAUGAAAGGAUGGUCCAGAAUUAAAUUUUUAGAUUUUGUGAAUUUAAAGAAUGUCCAUCUAGGACAUCAUGAGGGAUUAGACAAACCAGUUAUUUUAAAGAAGUUAGCUCAUAACAGGGAAUGGGAAAAUAUUGACAACAAAAUUUGCACAGAGGCAAACAGACCUAUUGGAUGUGAUGUUGCAAGAGUGCUUGACAAAAUGAAAGUGACAAAUUCAAUUCAGAGGGAGGGAUUACAACCAAAACACCUAAAAGGUCUAAACUACAUGUUUGCCUGUCCGACAUAUAAUUUGAUAGACAGAAUGUAUAGAUAUUAUAAAGAAAAGGUCUACCCUGAGCGACGUGAAAUGAUGUUUAGGGAUAAACUACAGAUAUAUGCAACUGCUAUGGUAAAUCCGGAGCCUCUUAUACUACAGACAUUCUCAAAGAGUGAAGGUUGGCCAUUUCCUGAGUACUACGGAGCUUGUGGAAGGUUUAUUGUUGUCAGCAAUGAAGGAGAGCCUCUAAAUAAUUACUACAAUGCACCAUGGCAUAAAAGGGCUGAUUUGGCAUACCAAAUAAUGAAGAUUGCAGAAAGACUGACAAAUCAUGGCAAUCCUUAUGGCUUAUACUGGACAGAUUUAAGUUACGAAAACCUAGUGGUGGACGACACAGGAAGAGUUACGGUUAUUGACGUAGAGAAUGUGGUAGUGGUGGAUAGACUGGCCAUCCAAAAAGUUAAACCCAAAGGAUACGACGAUUUACUGGAAUCAAAAUUUGACGACUGCGGAGGUAAGAACUGCUUGGUUUUCUCAACAGAAGAUCUCUGUGCUCAUAAAGAGUCAGACCACAACUACUUCGCAGCCUGUCGCAAUCUCCUCUCUAAAUACGCUAACGAGGGUGAUCUAGGCAUGCCCGAUGGACUUCUCCACGAUAUGCCAAACUACGCUCGAGAUGACUUUGAUUUAGAACAUCUACUGAAUGAAUGUGUUCAUCCAACCAUGGGAGAGGGGAGAAUGAAGGCAAAGCAGAAAAUCAUAGAUGCAUUGGACCAAUUACGCAAUGUUGUUGAUAGGAAAGAUAUUGCUGAAGGAGAUAGGAUUUGAAAAUUCCGUUCAUUUUAUUUAUAAUUGACUUUGAAAAGUAAUUAUUUUGAUUUCUUUUUUUAAUAUUUCAUUUGUGAUGAAAAUCUGUACAUGUAUUAAAGGAUAUAUACCUCAGAUGGUGCCUUAAGCAUGUUAUACAAAUGUAAAACUAAAAGAAUGAUUGUUGAAUUAAAGUAAUUUUAAUGCAUCAGGUAUUUUGCAAACUUUUAUGGACACAUUAAUCUUUAAAUUUUUUGUUUUCUUUGAUAAUUUUUAGCUCUACUGGUCAGAGACCAGAAGAGCUUAUGCGAUAGUAAUGCGUCCGUCGUCCGUCCGUCUGUCUAGCUGUCUGUCCGUCUGUCUGUCUGUAAACAAUUUUUCAAAAUGCUACUCCUCCUACAGUUUUGGUCUGAUUUCAAUAUAACUUGGCACACAAGUAGACUACACUAAGAUACAUAAUUCUGUGUAUCGGUUUUUGAUUUCGAUGAACGGUGUUGCCGUGGUUACUAAAAAUAGAAAUUUCUGUGAAAUUCUUUCGAAAUGCUACUCCUCCUACAGUUUUAGUCUGAUUU